GGCAGGAGCGACCACGAGGCGCGGGCAGAGCACCUGUGUGGCCGCCCACAAGGGCAGUUCCCCUCCCCGAGGCCGAGCCAGAAAGCCGCCGGCGGCAGCCCCGCCCCGCUCCUUCCCGAGCCGCCGUCACCCGCCGCGCCGGGAAGUCGCUGCGCAUGCGCGCUGCGGAGGCCUGUCCAGUAAGAUCCAGCUGUCUGUCUAUGUGUGCCCACUCUUCCUUGAGAGAUGUCCAGUGUUUCCAGUUACGCCCUUCGGAUGGCCCGGCUGAGCGCUCAGAUAUUUGGAGAAGUUGUCAGGCCAACUGACUCAAAAUCAAUGAAAGUAGUGAAGUUGUUCAGCGAGCAGCCUUUGGCCAAGCGGAAGGAGGUCUACAACUGGUAUCCUCCUCACAACACCUACUAUGGCCUCAUGAAGAAGCUCCGUUACUUUGGUCUCUACAGGGAUGAGCACCAGGACUUUAAGGAUGAGAUGAGGCGACUGAAAAAACUCCGUGGGAAAGAAAAGCCAAAGAAGGGGGAAGGAAAGAGAGCUCUCAAGAAGAAAUAGUGCUGCAUGGAGGAUAUAAUGAACUACUCUGGAAAUGCUGGACAACAGCUGUAAUCCAGGCUUUCUGUUGCCAGCUGGACAGGGCUUGGUAUGCAAGGUGCAUGUGAAGCACAGGAAACACACUGUGAAGUCCUGGAGUCCACCUUGGGAGUGUGCUUGAGCCUUCAUGGCUUUACUGGUUUUGAGUUUGUCAUUUAAAUAUACUGUAGCAUGUUAAUUUGUCAGAGCCCUCUCUUGCCCAGGUAGUAAAAGCAACAUUAACAAAAUAA